AUGGAAGAGGAUUGUAAAGAGCAGCAACUACUACAAGUUGAGGUUCACGACAUAGAGGAAGGCGAGAUCUCGGAUUCAGCCUCCAUUGAAGAAAUUACAGAAGAAGAUUUUUCUACUAAGCAAGCACUGCCGCAAUCUCCAGCUCACCCACAGCCACUGAAUAAUAAUAAUAAUAAUAAUAAUAAUAAUAAUAAUAAUAAUAAUAAUAAUAAUAAUAAUAAUAAUAAUAAUAGUGGUGGUGGUGGUGGAAGUGGGGCUAGGGUUUGGACGAUGAGAGAUCUGUUUAAGUAUCAAAUUGCUUCAAAGACUUCUUAUUCGGGUCUGUAUAAUUUGGCUUGGGCACAGGCUGUCAAUAACAAGCCAUUAGGUGAUGUUUUUGUGAUGAUGGAGGAUGGUACUAACGAUAAUAGUAAUGGUACUAAUGAUUCUAGUAGUGUUAACAUUUCUGGAGAGAACGAUGGUAAGUGUGUGAUUGACAUUGACAAGGAGGAAGGUGAAUUGGAGGAGGGAGAGAUUGAUUUGGAUUCUGAUUCAAUUGACGUUAAUAUGGAUUCAAAUUCUGAAGUUAAGAAUGUGGUGGGAGGUGACGUGAAGGAGCUGGAAGUACAGGAGAGAAGCAAACGUGUUGAUUCGAUCCGAGAAGAGCUUGAGAAUCUGGAUGUGGCUAUGGAGCAAAAAUCUUAUGAUAGAGUAUGUUCAAGUUUGGAGAUGACAGCCGACAGCUUGCAGAAAAUUGUUUUGGAGGGUUCUUUUACUGAGAAAGACACUCUUGUUCAGUUGUUAUUAGCUGCAAUUCAGACUCUCUAUUCAGUGUUUUAUUCCAUGACUGUGAUACUCAAGGAGCAAAAUAAAGCUGUUUUAUUAAGGUUGGUCGCGCAAGUAAUAAGCUUAGAGCCACCUCUUUUUUCCUCCCUGCAGUUGAGAGAGUUGGAGGGUAUUCGGGUUUCCGUGGAGUCCUCUGCUGAUCCUUUAAGCAAUGACAAUAACAAUGGAAGGAUUGAAGCAGUUAAAGCUGAUAUAAAUUUGAAGCCUAAUAACAGUUCGUCUUUCCUAAAGACGCAUGGAACUGUAUCUGAAUCUACCGGGACGUUAGAUCAAUCAAAUCGCAACUUUUCUGUGCAAUAUUUAAAAUCAGGCCUAGUGAAUUCUAGGCAAAAAGGAAUGGCUCUUCCACUGCUAGACCUCCACAAGGAUCAUGAUGCAGACAGUCUUCCUUCACCUACACGAGACCUCUCCACCCCCUUGCCUUUUGAACAUGGGUUGCUGAAACCUGAGUGGCCUAUCCCUAGAUGUACUACUGCUCUUGCAAGAGAAAAUCUGGUGAUGCACCCUUAUGAGACUGAUGCUGUUAAAGCUGUUUCCAGUUAUCAGCAGAAAUUUGGCAGUACUUCCUUUUUUAUGAGCGACAACCUUCCUAGUCCAACUCCUUCAGAAGAGGGUGAUGCUACUGUGGAUGGUGAAAUAAGCGGCGAAGUUUCCAGUUUUAUUACUCAGAAAGUUAAUCCUGCUGUGAAUACAACACUUUCAGGGCAGCGAGUGGUUUCUUCGGCUGCACCUACGGAAGCCUUAGCAGAUCCGGAAAGUAGUAAUUCCAGGGUCACUCGUUCUGUAAAUAGUUCUUGGAAUCCUGUAUUGAAAUCCUCUUCUUUAGCAAAAAGUAGGGACCCGAGGCUCCGAUUGGCCAAUUUGGAUGUGGGUGGCAAGACCCAAAGAUUAUCCUCUGAUGAGCCAAGUUCACAGAAGCAUAAGAUAGUUGAGGAGCAAGUCUCGGAUGGUCCUGCACUGAAACGACUAAGAAAUGAGUUAUCAGGUCCCAAUGCACCUCAGCCGCCCAUCAGUACAACAUCAACAAUCCCUACAACAGCUCUCCCUGUUAGCAGUAGUAAUCCCGUUACAAGUCAAAGUGAAAUACUGCCAGUGACGAAUUCCAGCACAACUACUUCCCUACAUUCUUUGUUAAGGGAUAUAGUUGUGAAUCCAUCCGUAUGGAUGGAUAUACUAAAAAAGGAACAGAACAAGUCUUCUGAUGAUAUCAAAAGUAUGACCCAACUGGCAAGCUCAAAUUCUUUACUCGGAGCAGUUCAAGUUCCAUCAACAACCAGUGGGGUACAUCCGCUGACCUCAGUUCUUGGGCAAAUAUCGACAUCAGGAAUAGUUCAGAUGCCCACCCAAGCUGUCUCUGUGGAGGAACCUGGGAAGGUUCGAAUGAAACCUCGUGACCCACGCCGUAUUCUGUAUAAUAGCACCCCUCUGAAGGGCAUGACUGCAGCAUCUGAUCAACCAAGACUAAAUACAUCAUUCAGUUCAUCGAAGAUGAACACACUAAGGCAUGAGGAUCAGUUGGAGAAGAAGUCUGUGUCUUCUGGUUCUGUGAAACCACCUGAUAUUGCUAAGCAAUUUACGAGUAAUUUGAGAAACAUUGCUGAUUUAAUGUCUGUAUCCCAAGAAUGUAUACCUUCUUCAGUGCCACCUCAGAUUCCAUUUUUGCAACCAGUACAAGUUCAUCCAGCCAGAAAGGAAACUAAGGGGGGAAUUACUGAUUCUGGCAAUCUAAGAAACUCGAAUGACGUAACUUCUGAAGCAGCUGUUGCUGGCUCUCCUCGACCAUUGAAUGCAAAUGCGUGGAGUGAUGUUGAGCAUUUGUUUGAGGGCUUUGAUGACCAGCAAAAGGCUGCCAUCCAGAGAGAAAGGGCUAGAAGGCUUGAAGAGCAGAAAAAAAUGUUUGCUGUUCGCAAGCUUUGCCUUUUUAUUGAAGUUGACCCAUUGCAUGAUGAGAUGUUGAAAAAGAAAGAAGAACAGGAUCGUGAGAAGCCCCAGAGGCACCUCUUCCGGUUUCCUCAUAUGGGAAUGUGGACCAAAUUGCGUCCUGGAAUAUGGAAUUUCUUGGAGAAGGCAAGUAAACUCUAUGAGCUGCAUCUGUACACCAUGGGAAACAAGUAUUAUGCCACUGAGAUGGCAAAAUUGCUUGAUCCGAAAGGAGAACUGUUUUCUGGGCGAGUUAUUUCGCGUGGUGAUGAUGGUGAACCAUUUGAUGGUGAUGAUAGGGCUCCCAAGAGCAAGGACUUGGAAGGGGUUUUGGGUAUGGAGUCAGCUGUUGUGAUUAUAGAUGAUUCUGUACGAGUCUGGCCACAUAACAAACUGAACUUAAUAGUCGUGGAACGGUAUAUAUAUUUUCCAUGCAGUAGACGUCAGUUUGGGCUUCCAGGUCCUUCGCUGCUUGAGAUUGAUCAUGAUGAGAGACCAGAAGAUGGGACACUGGCCUCAUCUUUGGCGGUUAUUGAGAGGAUACAUCAAAACUUUUUCGCACACCAGUCAUUAGAUGAAGCUGAUGUUAGAAACAUCUUAGCUUCUGAACAGCGGAAGAUUCUUGCUGGAUGCCGUAUUGUUUUCAGCAGAGUAUUCCCAGUUGGUGAAGCCAAUCCACACAUGCAUCCGCUGUGGCAGACAGCUGAACAAUUCGGUGCUGUUUGCAUUAACCAGAUAGACGAGAAGGUUACUCAUGUAGUUGCAAAUUCUCUUGGAACUGAUAAGGUAACACUAAUUUCUGAGCUCAUGAAUAGGUCAAUUGGGCUCUCUCCAGGGGAAGAUUUGUUGUGCAUCCUGGCUGGGUGGAAGCAUCGGCUUUGCUAUACCGAAGGGUUAAUGAGCUCGACUUUGCCAUUAAACAACCAUAAGCACCAUCGACAAUAUUUAUUUAGUAAAAAUAUAGAACACCCCAUAAAUUUCCCAUGUCCGCAAAGUUGGAAAAUGAAAACGGUGAACUUGGGAAAAUCAUAAGCGACAUUCUCCAAAGGAUAUGCCAAAAAUUGCACAGCAGCCUUAAAAAACCCUUGCCGGGAAAGGUGUUGUAAAGUUAAAAGGGUGAAUCUAAAAGUUGUGGGAUGGUCUGAAACUGAAGACAUAAAUCAACUUAUUGGCAGCAAAAGUUGGUUUUGGGUGCGGAUUUCCAAUAGUUGGAUAAGAUUGGGGAACUUUGGAAACGUGAAUAUUCAUGAAUGAGAAGGCAUCUUAGAGAGUUGCUGACUUUAAAUAACUAAAAAAAAAAAAGGCUUCAAGAUGGAACUUCUGGUAUAUCUGUGUUAAAACAAAUCUAUCGGGCAAAAAAUGGUUUUCUAAAUUUAUCUACUUCGAUUUUUAUACUUGAGAAAUUUUAAUGCCCAUUACCGGUGAGCACAGCAGUUAAAGGUGAGGUGACUGGUGAGACUGGUGAAACCUGAAAAAGUGGGAAGUUAACCAAAGGGGAAAGGUUUGUGUUACUGAACCGUGGGUUGUUUUUGGUCGCAAGAUACUGUUUCAUUCAUCUUUACAAUAUAAAUUAUUUGGAUUUGCAAUUUUAGUCUUCUUUUGUUCAAUUACCUCAAUUUGUAUAGCCAUCUAAUAUGAGGGCCUUAGGGUGCAAAGAACUUUCAUGAACGCCACCUAAAGUUGUCUGCC